ACUCCUGCCCGCCAGCAUGGGCAGUAGCUCACUGUCCGAGGACUACCGCCUGUGCCUGGAGCGGGAACUGCGGCGCGGCCGCGCGGGCGUGUGCGGGGAUCCAUCGCUGCGGGCGGUGCUCUGGCACAUCCUCGUGGAAGACUUCGACCUGCACGGGGCGCUGCAGGAUGACGCGCUGGCACUGCUCACCGACGGCCUGUGGGGGCGCGCCGACCUGGCCCCCGCGCUGCGCGGCCUGGCCCGUGCCUUUGAGCUGCUGGAGUUGGCUGCCGUGCACCUGUACCUGCUGCCGUGGAGAAAGGAGUUCACAACCAUCAAGACGUUCUCCGGGGGCUACGUGCACGUGCUAAAGGGCGCACUCUCGGAGGACCUCCUCAUCCAGAGCUUCCAGAAGAUGGGCUACGUGCGCAGGGACGCCCACCGCCUCAUGGUGGCUGCCCUGCCCCCCGCCCACCAGCUGGUGCAGGUGGCCCUGGGCUGCUUCGCCCUGCGGCUGGAGUGUGAGAUCCUGGGUGAGGUGCUGGCGCAGCUGGGCACCAGCGUGCUGCCAGCCGAGGAGCUGCUGCAGGCACGUCGGGCCAGCGUGGACGUGGCCUCCUGCGUGGCCUGGCUGCAGCAGCGACUGGCCCGUGAGGAAGAACCACCACCCCUGCCCCGCCGUGGCUCCCCAACUGGGUGCCAGGCCCGGCUGGACCUGUACCGGGACGUGCAGGAGGACGAGGGCUCAGAUGAGGCCAGCCUGUACGGGGGCCCCUCGCCCAGCCCCGACUCUCCCGCCUCAGAACUGGCCUGCCAGCCUCAGUUCUGGGAGCAGAGUGCCAGACUGUGGGGGUCGGGGGGCGGGCCAUGGGAGCCGGCUGAGGCCAGCAGCCCCACCUCCGGGGCCUCAGAAGAGGAGGAGCCCCAGCCCGAAGCCUUCUCCUUCCUCUCACUGCGUAGAGAGCUGCUUAGUCGGCCUGGGGACCUGGCCUCUCCCCAUUCUCCUAGGAGCCCUGAGCAGGCCAGCCCCGCGCCCGUCCCGGAGGCCCCCGGCUACCAGAUGCACACUUGCCUGGCCCCGGGAGCCCUGCCCGCCUUCUGCUGCGACACGUGUCGCCAGCUGCACGCCACCCACUGUGCCGCCCUUCCCAGCUGCCACCCCGGCCACGGCCUGCGCACCCUGCGUGGGAACAGCCAGCGGCGUCUAUGGCUGCAGCGAGCCCAGGUGGACGCCCUGCUCUAUGACAGCCCGGCGGCCGGGCCCUAG